AAGGUCAAGAAAUCGCCCCACGGGCCGUCGGCGGAGUAGGACAGUGAGGCACUUUUUAUAUCUCACCUCCUCCCCCGUCACGUGACCAACGCGGGGCGGGAAGAGGAAACUCGAGGCCCCGGCGUCGCCCAGAACAGGAGCCCAUGAUGCUGCCCAAACCUGGGAUUUUUUACCUCCCCUGGGAGGUCAGUGCAGGCCAAGUUCCUGAUGGCAGCACACUGAGGACAUUUGGCAGGUAUGGAGGCUCCGUGGUGAAGGCGCGGGUGCUGACCUGUGUGGAGGGGAUGAACCUGCCCUUGCUGGAACAAGCCAUCCGGGAGCAGAGGCUGUACCAGCAGGAGCGGCGCAGCGGCCAGUAGAAACAGCAGCCCAGCAACACCCCCACUUGCUUCGGGGGUCAAACCCUCUGGAGCUGCAGGAACCCCGGAGAGCACAGACAUCCCCCAGCGACGGCCUUGUCUGCAGCCUGAAAACUGAGGGGGCGGGUGGUGAAUCCAGCCCCUUCCGCUACUUUGGGAUUGGCUCAGCAAUGAGAGCCCUGAAAGCAGGCCCCAAAUCCAACAGCUCCACCCUGGGAGACUGCAGGUGGCCAAGCUUGGGUGCCGGGGCUGUGCCUGGUGUGGGGCCGUGGAGGGUUCCAGAAGGUCCUGGUGAAUAAAGGCCCAGGGGGCGUGCCCU